CUUAAUAGUUGUAACAGGUACGCCAAGCGUACGUUACUAUGUAAAUAUAAAUUACUUUAAAUAUUAGAUAGUUGUAUAUAAAGCAUUCCAAGUUCGUAGAAUUAAAGAUAAAUGAACUAGAAAUCCUUAUUAUUUUGAAUUCCAACCGUUCAUCUUAGUUUGCACGUCACUGUAAAGAAAGAAGGCUUGAGAAAGGAAACGAUAAAACUGCGCCUGGGAGUUAUGCAAUUGAAAGGCAGCAUUACGCGAUUUAAUUCGCGAGGUCAAGGAGAGAAAUUCUCUUAUUAACGGAUCAAAACCGAAGGUCAUAUUCACUUCGUGUCCUUGGAUUUGAUGGGAAAGUGGGAAGGCAAGAUCUGAUGCAGCCUGCAUGAGCGAGAUGCAUUUCAAUCAGAGGAGUAUUAAUAGAUGAUUUCAUCUUAUUCGUUCGGCUGAAGCAUUUCCGGCUAAACCUAACUUUCGAGGUUUCUUAUCUGAGGACAUUAGAGUCACUCGUUCAUUUGCCUGGAGACUCGAGAACGUUAAGGAAGUGUGGCUCUGCCAAAAACCGCGGUGAUCGAGUGAACUGUAGUCGAGUUUAUAUAGACAGUUUGCUAAGCAAGUUACGUUUGUGAGAAGAAAAGCUAGAACAGAAAGGUAAUGUGAUAGUAGAGAAAUCAUGUGCGUGCCAUGUGCGUUGUCUAACGAUCCCUUUGUCGUGCAGCCGUGCGACGGCUUUCUGCGUCCAAUUUAGGAACCACCGUAGCCACAACUCUCCGUCGAGUGCAUCCGUUGGCAAAUUUCCUGGCCAACCGUCAACCCACGGUCAGAAGGGGCCGCGCCGUCACCAUCGCGCCCGAGCGGAAUAUUCACGAGAAGAACCGCUGUUAGUCGAAGUACAGGAUCCGACGAGACUCCGAUCCGCCCUGCUAGGUGGCUAGGCCCUAGUAGCGAGCAGCGAAGAGACACCAACCGCCAAUCGUCUCCCCAACAACCACGCCGUCCGUCUAUCAACCGGCCGGGCAUGCGGUAAUCGAUCCCGCCAAAGUCGAUCGCAAAAAUCCAAUAUCAGAUCUGUAAGUACAAAGAGCUCUAUUUUUCCCCCAGUCCGUGUGCACAUGUGACGACGAGAAAUCUCGUCAAUGGACCCAUAGCAUUUUCAUAUGGUGUUCCCAAAAUUUUAGCUUGCCGGCUAUAUUUUUGCAAGCGCUAUUGUUCUGCUAGCUAGGUGCAGACAAUUGAACUGUGGAAUCGUGAAGAAGAAAGACACGCACAUGUAGGAUAGGUAGAAGCAAAAUGAAUUCGAUGAUUGAUAAGCUUUAUGAACUAGAAUAUACUUUUUGAAUUCCUAAUUAAACGUUUUUAUAUCCCUAUCCGCUUAUUUGAUUCCCGGUGAGAGUAGCAUGGUGAAAGAUUUCAUGUCGCGCGCUUAAAAUUCAAAUUUUGUCGCCUGCAGAAGUGGGUUGUAGUGAGUAGGUUGAACCGGUUCCAUGACGGUGUCGACAUCUGGUGUAUACUGGCGGUGACUUCCAGUGAUGAUAACCGAAAGUCUCCUCGGAAAGCUUCAGAACCGUUUCGUUUAGGGUGAUUUUUGAUAUUAUGCUCCUUUCGCAUUGAAAUGCAAAUCUGUAAGUCUGGUGUGGGUGAAUUUGGGGACUGCUGGACCGUUUCCUAUCCUUUCCAAGGAACGACUUGAACUAACCGUAGGUUGGGUCUCAUGCCGGGCAAUCAUACCUUGGCGAUUGGUCCUCAUUAGAGGUGGCGCUUAAGCCAUUCGCUUAACAAAACGGAAACAGCCCAACAGUCCAUGUUGUAGAGAAGGUUAUUAGGGAGAUAUUUAGGAGUAGACCGCCAGUCGUUCCCAAACGACAUUCUGGCGUGCUACAUUUUGGCGCCCAACUAAAAGUACGAAUCCUGAUAUGUUAUUGAAUUUGAGUGAUUGGUGAAGUAAUUAUGGUAAUUUUAUGGUUGUGAAUUCGGAAUGUAAUUUAACUCAUGCUUAAAGUUAUUUGGGAAUUUUGUUUAUUCGGAUAUUCAAAUCAUUGAGCAAUUUUAUGAGAUUUUCAAUAAGUGCGUUUUUUUUUUCUCUUUCUUUUGAGUACAUAAUUACAUUUUCUAUAAAUAUAUUUUUUUUCUAUUUUUGUUCCUUUAUUUCAUUGAAUUUCUGUUUUUGCUUUUUGUAUAUAAAUAUAGUUAGAUAAUUAGUUUAAAUUACGAUAUACUUGAAUUGAGAGAACUUAGUUAAACAUGGGUGCGAAGUUUCCUCAUGCUGAUCAUCUGUUGGAUGACGAAAUAGAUUACGAACUAAAGCUGCGAAAUUAUGUGGAAGAUUUGGGGAAAGAUUUGAAGGUGAAACAAAGACUGCUUAGAAGGGUUUUCUUGAAAGAUGCUAAGGAAAAUCGAGAAUAUCGAUCUCCGUAUUCUAUUGACCAAGAAUUUGAGUUGAUUGCUUCACGGGUGAACAGUAUAAGGUGUAAACUGUCUAAAAAUCCGGAUAUAAAACUCGUUUCGCGUUUAAAACACUACUAUUGGCGUGUGCAGUGGUGCAACGCGGACAAUCAAGAGGCCAUGCAGAUGAAGGAGUUGUUAUUUGGAAACAUCUCUAAUCUACUUGCAGAGCAAAAUGCCCUCGAACCGUUACAGAAUGCAAGUCCUGACGAUGAGUCAUUAGAAGAUACUGAUACGGAAUUUUCUGAAACAGAGAAAUCUGGAGCAGUAGGUGGAAAUAUUGUGUUAGUGACACCCUUGGGUGAGCCUCAGCUGACUAAUACAAGUAAUUUCCGUCCUUUGAUUGAACCAGAGAUACCUCAGAAUGCAAAAAUAACAGGGACUACUAAGAAACGAAAUCAAGAACACAGUUUAGCUUCGGGUGUUAGCGAUGUUAACAGGGAAAAUGAAACAGAACAAAUGAAAGCGAGAAUAGCCGAGUUAGAAGCUCAACUACAAUCCUUUGCUGCACUGUUAACAGCGUCAAGAGUCCAAAGUAACCCAUUGGAACAGUUACAGAAUCAGAGACAGGAUUUUAGACAACCAAGUGAUGUCUACCUUGGCAGGACAAGAAUCAACGAGAGAGAGGAUAGUGGUAGUGAAAGAGACAGUCAAGGAGGAAAUAGACAGUCAAUAAGGGAUGAUAGAGGCCAAUAUGAUAGGAAAAUGGAAAAAUGGAACCUUCACUUCAGUGGGGAUUCUAGGUCAACAUCGUUAGAAGAUUUUAUCUACAAGGUUAGAGUCUUAGCGAGCAUGAAUAGGAUUCCUGAUAAUCACUUACUUAGUAACAUCCACUUGUUACUAAGAGGUGAAGCAUCCAAUUGGUUUUUCACGUAUUAUCAGCCAACGUGGACUUGGACUAUCUUUGAAGCAAGAAUUCGAUUCAGAUUUGGCAACCCUAAUCAGGACCAAGGGAAUCGACAGCGAAUUUACGACCGGAAACAACAGAAAGGUGAAACUUUUAUUGCCUUUGUAACAGAGAUAGAACGCCUCAAUAAGUUGUUGACUAAACCAUUAUCGAGCCAUCGUAAAUUUGAAAUCGUGUGGGAGAAUAUGCGACCCCACUACAGGUCGAAAUUGGCAUGUUUUUCCAUAAACAAUUUGGAUCAAUUAAUCCAGGUUAACUACCGGAUUGAUGCAAACGAUCCUUCUUUACAUCCGGUGGGACCGAAAUACACGGUACACAACAUUGAGGAACACGAGUGUAGCGAUUCAGACGAGGAGGAAGUUAAUGCGAUAGGACGUAGAAAAGUUAGAAAUCAGCAACAAGAAACGAAUCAGAACAGGGGUUCCCAAAGCUCUAGCGGAGCAGGACAGUUAGGGUCAUCUUCUAGAACGCCAAUGUGCUGGAACUGUCGCCAGCAAGGUCAUUUGUGGCGUGAAUGCCGAGAAGUAAAGACGACGUUCUGUUAUGUUUGUGGAAAUCCCGGUAAAAUUUCAUCAACGUGCGACAAACAUCCGCGACGGGCAACAACAAAUCAGGUUCCCGAAUCGUCUCCGAGUUCGGGAAACUAAGGGAGGAAUGCGGUAAUGGGAACACUAGCAUUCCAACCAAACAUUCCGUUCCCUCUCCUAAUUCGAUUCCGUACAUCGAUCCAUUAGAAAGUCUUCUAGAGAUCAGAAUUCAAACUAGUCGUUGUCCACACAUCAAGGUCAAGAUCUUCGAUGAGGAGAUUGAAUCUUUGUUAGA